GGAAAUUUGGACAAGUGAACAUCGCGCGGCAAUUCCCCUACUCGGUUCUAAAGCGAUUUGUGAAUUUACACUUUUGUAUUUUGACUGUGUAGGCACGUAAGUGUAACUAAUACCAAUAAAAACUAGAAAAUAAAAUGAAAUGAAUUUUCCAUACCAAAAAACCCUUAAAGAUGAAUAUUCCAAUAAUUUUGCUCAUAGUUGUAGGUACAUCAUAAUGUGGGGAAAAUUUGUUUUUGGCUUGUUUUUUGCGUAUUCUUUCUUAGCUAUAGACAGUAUGGUCUGUAACAGUCAGUCCAUCAUUGACCAGCAGAAGAUUAAAAUGGUUGGAUAUAUUGUGCGAUCAUACUCUAGCGAUAAAUACCAAUGCAGUGUCCACGAAGAGCAUCAGUGGCUGCAGAGGAACAUCGACAGCGGCAAGAUGAGCUUUCUUGACAGGAGGUACGUCAUUUGCGGACCCGAACCGCACGAACCUUUGCCCGCAGAGAACGUCGGACAGAUCUUCUAUAGGAAUCUGAUAAAUGCACCCAAGGAUCUCAAGAUUAUGGUGGACAGCAAGAGUGGCAAAGCUGUGACAGCUCGAGAUCUCCUAGAAGAAUCUUGCAACCUUGCAGAAGCCUUGAGACGUCAUGGGUGCCAACCAGGCACUCCAGUAUCAAUCUGCAGCGAAAACACACUGAAAUUCUUCAUACCAGUGGUUGCUUCUUUUAUGGCGGGCACUGUUUUGGUGCCUCUGAACCACAUCUACACCACAGAAGAGCUCAAGCAUUCCCUAAGUAUUACUCAACCGAAGAUAGUAUUCUGCUCGAAAAAAGCGCUUCCGAAAUUCAAAAAACUGCAACGCGAAGUGGCGUUCAUCGAAAAGUUCGUCGUGCUGGACAACGGAGACCGAGGCGACGACGUAUUCAGCUUGAACGGUUUCGUAUCCAAAAUGCUGAACGGCAACAGGUUGGUACCGGAGAACUUCACGCCUUUUGACGGCGAUCCCAAGGAACACGUCGCAUUGGUGCUUUGCUCCUCCGGAACCACGGGCUUGCCGAAAGGGGUGAUGCUGACGCAUUUCAAUGUGGCUACAAGGAUCGUACAGGCUAGAGACCCUCGCUACUUGUCCCACAACAACGUAGUCCUCGGUCUGAUGCCGUUCUACCACGCGUACGGCCUCUAUUUCGGCAUCACCUCGAUCCUCAACCACCACCUCACCGUGAUGAUCGACAGGUUCGACGAGGAUUCCUUCCUCAAGGCGAUCGAGAGAUACCGCAUUUCGGUGGUGCGUGUAACACCACCUUUAGCGAUCUUCCUUGCCAAGACGAAGAAGUUGGACCAGUAUGAUCUGUCUUCCGUCGCCGAGAUAUUCUGCGCAGGCGCGCCGCUCAGCGCGGAGACUGAGAUCGAACUCAAGAAAAGGCUGAACAUUAAAACUAUCCAUCAAGCUUAUGGUUGUACAGAAGGCACCUUGGCGUUGACGAUCAUGGACAAAGACGUGUACAGGCCAGGGUCUUGUGGACAAGUGAUCACCUACAUGUGCUGUACGGUCAGAUGUCCAGAAACUGGACACGUUUUAGGGCCUCGCCAAGUCGGUGAGCUUUGCUUCAGAGGGCCGUUGGUCAUGAAAGGUUACUACAAAAAUCCACAAGCUACAAAGGAGUCUUUCACUGCCGAUGGAUGGUUACGAACUGGAGAUCUAGGAUAUUACGAUGACGAAAAUUAUUUCUAUAUCGUGGAUAGACUCAAGGAGCUGAUUAAGUACAAAGGAUAUCAGGUAGCGCCAGCAGAGCUCGAAGCAAUCCUCCUGAAGAAUCCCAAAAUAUUGGACGCGGCUGUCGUAGGUCUACCAGAAGAAAUGGUAGGAGAGCUGCCUUUAGCGUUCGUCGUUUUGAAACCAAGAGAAGAAGCUACCGCGGCGGAAUUGCAACAGUAUGUUGCUGAACAUGUGUCACCCCAAAAAAGACUGAGGGGUGGUAUAAUUUUUACAAAGUCGAUACCGAAGAAUCCCAGUGGAAAAAUACUAAGGAAGAAUUUGAAGCAACAGCUAAAGGAUUACAAACCGAUUUUGGAGUCGAGACUUUGAAUCUACGGGGCGUCCUAAAAUAUACCUAGAAUAAGCGGUGUCAAUUUUUCGAAUACAAGCAGAAGUAGUAAAUAAUGCGGCAUGUUUAUUUCGAGAUGUCUUAAAGAUACGAAUAGGCGACCGAUAUUUGGUUUUUUAAAUUUUGUUUUUUUUUUGUAUGAGUUUAGACGAUUGUCCAAAUAUUCUGGGACGCCCUGUAUAAUAUACGUUUGUGGAUGUGAUACAAGCGAAUUUUCUGAUGUAAUUUAUAUUAAACGUUGUUUUUGUUACGAAUGUAUAUUGAAUCAAUAUAUAUUAUCAUACAUUGUUGAAAAAAUAUACGCAGUUUUCGAAAAAAAUGUUCUAUAAACUGUCAUUUUAGUUUCCACUCCAGAGGUCUGAUAAAAAAUAGUACAUUACAUACCUAGGUUGAGGAGUGACUCAGAAAUAAAAACUAUUGCAAAAUUCCGAUAUGUUGUCAUAUUGAAAUUAUACUGUAAAUUAUUUUGAAAUCCCCAUCUCAAGGUCAGGAAAAAAUUAAGCCGUUUUUGGAAAAAAAUUAUGGAAAUAUUUUGAAUUUCGCAACUUUC